AGGUUGUGAUGAACGCCACGAAUCUAACAACCGAGGGAAUGUUAUUGAGUUGAUAAAGCUCUUGGCUUCUUAUAAUGAGGAUGUGGCAUCAGUGGUUUUGGAAAAUGCUCCUCAAAAUGCUUCCUAUCAUUCCCAUGGGAUUCAAAAGCAGAUUCUUAAUAUUUUCUCUGAUAAGAUACAAAGAUUCAUUCGUGAGGAGAUUAAUGAUGGGAAGUUUUGCAUUCUAGUUGAUGAAUCUGAAGAUGAAUCGAAAAGAGAGCAAAUGGCAAUUGUUUUGAGAUUUAUUGAUAAAUAUGGUUUUAUAAAAGAACGUUUCUUUGACAUAGUUCAUGUGUUAGAUACCACGUCGGCAACUUUGAAAGAAGAAAUUUGUAUUGUCCUUUCUCUUCAUAACCUUAGUGUGCAAAAUAUUCGUGGUCAAGGAUAUGAUGGUGCUAGUAACAUGUCUGGAGAAUGGACAGGGUUGCAGGCUCUAUUUUGUGCUGAGUGUCCAUUCGCAUAUUAUGUUCAUUGCUUUGCUCAUCGGCUCCAAUUGGCUUUAGUAGGAGUAUCUAAACAGGCUGCAGAUAUUGCUGAAAAGCUUGCCAUUGAUGAUGAAUUUGAGACUGGUAAAGGAAAAAAUCAGAUUAGAACAUUGAAACGAGCUGGAGAUACUCGAUGGGGUUCUCAUUUGGGUUCCAUUUGUAGUUUGAUAAACAUGUUCAGUGCUACUUGUGCAGUCCUAAGAAACAUAAUUAAUGAUGGAAGCAAAUUGAAUCAACGAGCUGAGGCAGAUGGAGUUUAUGAUUCCAUUACAUCUUUUGAGUUUGUCUUCAUCUUACAUCUUAUGAGGGAUAUCAUGGAGAUUACUGAUGAUCUUUGCCAAGCUUUGCAAAGUAAAUCUCAAGAUAUAUUAAAUGCAAUGCAUUUGGUGUCUACAACGAAGAUACUUAUUCAAAAAUUUAGAGAAGAUGGAUGGGUUCCAUUGUUGGAGAAAAUUAAAUUAUUUUCUAAUGAUCAUGGUAUACAGAUUCCUGAUAUGAGUUGUCCUUAUAAAGGAGGCCGAGGUCGGUCUCGUUCUGAAAGAGAUCAGCUCACCAUGGAACAUCAUUUUCGAGUUGAUAUUUUUAUGGUUAUAGUUGAUUCCCAGUUACAAGAAUUAAACAAUAGGUUUAAGGAAGAUGUAAUGGAAUUGCUUGUUCUUAGCUCAGCUUUGGAUCCUAGGGAUGGUUAUAGAUCAUUCAACAUUGAGGAUAUUUGCAAACUUGUAGAUAAAUUUUAUCCCAUGGAUUUCUCCGAGCAAGAAAAAUUGCAUUUGAAGUAUCAGUUGGAAAACUAUAAGCUUGAUAUUUCCAUACUUCCCGAGUUUCAGAAGCUGUCAACCAUUUCUGAGUUGUGCCAAAUGUUGGCAAAAACAAAAAAGUCGACAAGUUAUCCUCUUAUUAAUAGAUUGAUCCGUCUUGUGUUGACUUUACCUGUUUCAACUGCUACAUCAGAACGUGCAUUUUCAGCUAUGAAACUCGUUAAGUCUAAAUUGCGCAAUAGGAUGGAAGAUGGUUUUCUGGCUAGUUACUUGAUUACGUACAUUGAAAAGGAUAUUGCUCGAGGGUUUGAUGUAGACUCUAUCAUCGAUGCUUUUGAUAUUAUGAAAGAACGUCGAGCUCAAUUGAAGAUGCCUAAUUUUAGUAAAUAA